AUGCAGAGAGAGGAUGAGAAAGAUAGAGAGAGUCCACAGAAAGACAGGGGAAUAAGAAAGACUUCAGACAUGAGCCCACGACGCCUGUCAGAUAUCAGUCCUCAACUCAGACAGCUGAAGUCCCUUGUCAUUGAUGAAGCUCUAAAUGAAGAUUUAAAGUCCUCGAGAUCGGUAGAGUAUCUCAACAACGCAUCCAUAGAAGAACGCAUCCUGAGGAUCACUGGUUACUAUGGUUAUGAGCCCUGGAGCCCAUCUCUCAAAGAGGAGGACCAAUCUAGCAUAGCGAAGGUGGAAGUGAAGGUAGAUGGCCAUGCUGCUUUAGGAACAGUGAAAUCUGAUGGUGUGAACAGGCAGGAGAGACUGCAAUCCUGUUUGCGGAUGACCACAGUUCAUCUGCGCAGAGCACUAUGGGGUGUCGCAGUGGUGAUCUGCAUCUGUUUGUCUUGGUCAGGCUGCACUCAGUUGGCCAAAAUAACAGUCAGACGCUUGAAUGUUACAUUCACCCUCACUUGGUUCUCCACAUCCUGGAACUGUGUCAUCUUUCCUCUGUACUACCUGGGUCACCUGUGUUGUAGCAAGGACAGACACAGCCCAAGACAACGCUUCAGAGAGUGUUGUCAGUUCUUGGGAGAUGACGGAUUGUCACUGAGGAUGCUGCUCUCUCGGGUGGCCCCUUUUGGGGUGCUGUGGACUCUCACCAGCUAUCUGUAUCUGCAAGGCCUUCGCAGAAUCCCUGCCACAGAUGCCUGUGCCCUCUUCUGCUGUGGUCGUGCUUUUGCCUUCCUAAUAUCCUGGAUUGUACUGCGGGAUCGCUUCAUGGGAAUACGGAUUGUGGCAGCCAUUUUAGCCAUUGGAGGCAUUGUUAUGAUGACAUAUGCAGAUGGUUUCCACAGCCACUCUGUGAUUGGCAUAUCCCUUGUGGUUGGGUCUGCAUCAACUGCAGCUAUGUACAAAGUUUUGUUCAAGCUUGUUCUGGGAAGUGCAAAGCUUGGUGAAGCAGCAGUAUAUCUUACUAUCCUUGGUGGAGCUAAUUUGGUCUUCAUUAGUGCGGUACCUAUGAUCCUGCUUCUCACAGGGGCCGAGGACUUUAUUUCACAUGGAGAUUUGCCAUGGCUUAGUAUCUGUGGCAUGUCUGCUCUUCUGCUGGUAUUCAACUUCCUGUUGAAUUUUGGUCUUUUGAUAACUCUACCUACUCUGAUUUCUCUGGGUGUUGUCCUCAGUGUGCCUGUAAACGCUGUCAUAGAUCGCUACAUGUGUGAGAUUCAGCUCAACAGUAUCCGUGUUAUAGCGGUGUCUAUCAUUUGCCUGGGUUUCCUUUUGCUCCUGCUGCCUGAGGAUUGGGACCAGUGCCUGCCUCAGUUACGGUCCGUGCUGCACAACCGGGAAGAGCCACAAGAGUGCGCCAGAGACAAACACUCAGAGACACUUCAAUUCAGGUCAAGAGAAGCCAGGAAUUGCAACUCCAAAAUGACCGGUACCCCAGUAUAA